AUGAACAAGAUGGUAGAUCAUCGUAAUAUCUACAAGGGAGAUAGAGUAGUCAGGAUGUAUGAAUCAAAAAGAUUAAAGACCCUCUUCUUGGAAACAUCCCAUCAUUUUGGAUGUUCAAACCAACUAAAAUUUAAAUUUGAUUAUCACAAAGGCUUGUUUGAUGCUUUGGCCAUAUUAAAGACAAUUGCCGAUCGGUACACAUAUGAACCAUACCGAAAUAUUCGGCGCAUGGUAAUUUUUAAUCUCACUGUUCGGUGCCUCUUUUCUUCUCGUAUCGUUCCCUUAUAUCUCCAGGAAAUAAUGAGGAAAACAAACAGGCGUGGCAUAGUUUCUCUGCAUGAAGAUGAACAAAUUAAAUUAGUUAAGGCAAAAUCCAAUUUAAAUUAG